GCCCGCCGCCGCCGCCGCCGGCCAUGGAUCACAUGGGACUAGCGGGGGCACAUCUGCAGGCGCACGCGCACGCGCAGGAGUCUAUCACUUUUGGAAUCGACCAGAUUCUCAGCACCGUGGAACAAAGUUGCAUGCUGAGUGCGAGGAUGCACGAGACGGAUUACGGACACCCGCUAUACAACUGUAACCCCAACAAUGGCUUCGCGUGCGCUCACGGCGGCGGAUAUAACUGCAACAGUGUGCAACUCGGCGGCUCUUACCACACGAACGUGAGCGGGCCCAAUCCCGCCGGGGUCAUCCGCGUGCCUGCGCACCGACCGCUGAGCGCCGACCGCAACGCUUGUAUGCCCCCGGUAAACAACGUAAGCGCGCUCACCUUCCCCUGGAUGGAGAGCAACAGACGAUACACAAAGGACAGGUUCACAGUGUCUCUCUCACCCCUCACUGUAACGCGUCGUGUCGGACACCCCUACCAGAACCGGACGCCGCCGAAGAAGAAGAAGCCGCGGACGUCGUUCACUCGACUGCAGAUCUGCGAGCUGGAGAAACGCUUCCACCGCCAGAAGUACUUGGCGUCUGCCGAGCGGGCCACCCUUGCCAAAGCCCUCAAAAUGACCGACGCUCAGGUCAAAACCUGGUUCCAAAACAGACGCACCAAAUGGAGGCGGCAGACGGCGGAGGAGAGAGAGGCGGAGAGGCAGCAAGCCAACCGGAUUCUCAUGCAACUGCAGCAGGAGGCCUUCCAGAAGUCCAUCAACCAACCGGUGACACCGGACCCGCUAUGCCUGCAGAACAGCUCUUUGUUCGCCCUGCAGAAUCUGCAACCUUGGACCGAGAACACUGCUAAGAUCAGCAGCGUGUCAGCCUGCGAGUAG